UUGUUUAAAACAGCAAUGAAAUUCCUUCACAGCCCUGUAAAUCUCCUGGUUUUAACUGCAGAUCCAGGGCUGAGGAUGGGGAUGAACCUCAAAGGGGAAAGCCUGGGGUGCUUGUACCUGCAAUGAAAUUAUAAAUCCACAUCCUGGAGCAAACAAGCAGCAGGAGGCACCAGAAACCUCCAGGAGCAGAAGAGCUGGGCUGCAGCAAAGGAUGGGAGUUGGGAGUGGAACCUGUAAGCUGGAAGAGCUUCACAUUUCUCCUGACAACACUCUGCAUGAAUGGAGCUGAUUCAGAGGAGAACAUCUCAUAGGAGAGCCCACCAACGUGGGGUUCAGGGCUGUGCCCUGCUCCUUCCCCCUGAGCCUACCCUCAGUUUUCCAUAAACGGGAGGAGAUGCUACCAAAACCUGCUGUCAGAUGCAGCAAAUGUCACUGAAUGGCUCUGUCACACAGCACAUCCAGGGCACAGGACACUCCACUCCAGCAGCCCAGGGACCAGCAACACUAAGGACCAAGCAGGGACAAGUGGAGAGGAGCAACAAUUCCACCCUGGAAAGAAAUCAGCCUCAAGGAGGGAAUCGGCCCCUCUCAUCCUCAAAGCCUAAUUCACCAAAUGAGGAGAAGAGCUCCGAGGAGGGAUGGGCCAUGAGGAGCCAAGGCUGGCUGUGUGGGACCCUUUGCCAUGUAACCCCCCCUGCUCUCCGAUGUCUCAGCAGCCCCCGAUGUCGGUGUGGCCCCGGACCUGCGGAACGGCUCACGGGCGGAUGGUAGUGAGCCCCUAGAGAUGCUCCACACAAUGACAUGUUGGCUCCCGGUCCUGGCCCUGCACGUGGUCCUGCUGAGCCCCCCGUGGGUGGGAUCCUGCCCCGCCCGCUGCGAGUGCGCCCCACACCUCAAAUCUGUGGUGUGCCACCGCAAGCGCCUCACCUCCAUCCCCGAGGGCAUCCCCACCGAGACCAGGAUCCUGGAGCUCAACAAGAACCGCAUCCGCUGCCUCAACCCCGGGGACCUGUCCCCGUACCCGCUGCUGGAGGAGCUGGAUUUCAGCGAGAACAUCAUCUCCAAUGUGGAGCCCGGAGCCUUCAGCAACCUGUUCAACCUGCAGACCCUGCGGCUGCGGGGGAACCAGCUCAAGCUCAUCCCCCCCGGCGUCUUCACCAAGCUGACCAACCUCACCCUCCUGGACAUCAGCGAGAACAAGCUUGUCAUCCUGCUGGACUACAUGUUCCAGGACCUGCGGAACCUGAAGAGCCUGGAGGUGGGUGACAACGACCUGGUGUACAUCUCCCAGCGUGCCUUCUCGGGGCUGCUGGGCCUGGAGCAGCUGACCAUCGAGAAGUGCAACCUGACCUCCAUCUCAGCCGAGUCGCUCUCCUACCUCCAGAACCUGGAGGUGCUGCGGCUCCGCCACCUCAGCAUCUCUGCACUGGAGGACCAGAACUUCAAGAAGCUCUACAACCUUCUGCAGCUGGAGAUUGACAACUGGCCACUGCUGGAAGAGGUCUCCCCCACCAGCUUCCAGGGCCUGAACCUCACCUCGCUCUCCAUCACCUACACCAACAUCACGGCCGUGCCCGCCGCCGCCUUGAGGAACCUGGUGUACCUGCGGUACCUCAACCUGUCCUACAACCCCAUUAGCACUGUGCUGAAGGGCUCCUUUAAGGACCUCAUCCGGCUCCAGGAGCUCCACAUCGUGGGUGCCCUCCUGGUAUCCGUGGAGCCACAGGCUUUCUCUGGCCUGAGACAGAUCCGGCUGCUCAACCUCUCCAGCAACUUCCUGUCCACGCUGGAGGAGAGCACCUUCCACUCGGUCAACACACUGGAGACGCUGCGGGUGGAUAGGAACCCCCUGGCCUGCGACUGCCGCCUCCUCUGGGUCCUGCAGCGGCGCAAGACGCUCAACUUUGACGGGCAGCAGCCCAUGUGCUCCUCCCCUCCCGAGAUCCAGGGCAAUGCCCUGCGGGACUUCCCAGACUCGGUGCUCUUCGAGUACUUCACCUGCCAGAAGCCCAAGAUCCGGGAUAGGAAGCUGCAGCACGUGACGGCGCGGGAGGGCCAGUCCGUGUCCUUCCUGUGCCGGGCAGAUGGGGAGCCCGAACCCUCCAUCGCCUGGGUGUCCCCCCAGCACCGCAUGAUCACCACCCGCAGCACGGGCAGGGCCACAGUGCUGCCCGGGGGCACCCUGGAGAUCCGCUUCACCCAGGUGCAGGACAGUGGCACCUACAUCUGCAUCGCCAGCAACGCCGGCGGCAACGACACCUACUUCGCCACGCUGACGGUGAAGGGGCGCCCGGCCGACGGCGCCCACCGCGCCAACCGCACCCUGUACCUCAGCGACUUCAACGACACCUUCCACAACGACACCCAGGUCUUCUUGAAGUUUACCUUGGACCUCAAGACCAUCCUGGUCUCCACGGCCAUGGGCUGCAUCACCUUCCUGGGCGUGGUGCUCUUCUGCUUCCUCCUGCUCUUCGUGUGGAGCCGCGGCCGGGGGCAGCACAAGAACAACUUCUCCGUGGAGUAUUCCUUCCGCAAGGUGGACGGGCCCACCACCACCACGGGCCAGGGAGGGGCCAGGAAAUUCAACAUGAAGAUGAUCUGAGGCUCUCCUGGAGAAG